GGAGUAAUUAUUACGUCUCAAAUGAUUAUCCCAUUUUUCGACUUCAAAUGAAUAGAUGACAAGUAUCCAUGUACCCAAAAUGCAACUCAAAUACAUAUUCGCCGCUGCCUCUCCUUUCUAGGUUCAAUUUUAAAGAAAUGCAAAAGUAAGAGUGAAACAUAAUAGAAUUGCAAAAGUAGGACGGAACUCUUUUAAUUCCCAAAGUAGGAGUUAAUAUUCCAAUUUUAUCCUCCCUACAUUAAUGAUUAUCUUUUCCUUUCUCCGCCACGCACUCCCCUGCAGCCACGCAUGCCGUGCUGUCCACCACUUCUUUCAUCCAUCAAUUGCUUCUCCCUUCUCUCCCAUAAUCACAUCUCCUUUCCCUUCCCGUUGAUAUCAAAGGCGGAGAAUAUAUUCUCCAUCUCCGGCCAAUUCUUCUCUCCUAGUUUUUUCCGCUGAUGAUCGGUUUCACUUCUGCAUCGUGACUCCGGCAGACCGGCCAUCUGCGGUAACUCCAAACCGCGGGUCUAUGAUGGUCGUAUCCGAUAAAUAUUAGCCUCCUCCUCCAUCUUCUUCUCUCCCACCCUAGUUCCUCUAUUUUUCUUCUCUUGAUUUAUUUUCUAUUUUCAAUUGUUUCAUUUGUUUAAUUUUGAGAUUCAAAACAAAAAAUGCUAUUUUAGAUCCAAAAAUUUUGGAUAUUAAUUUUUUUAUUUUUUCGCAUUUUUAUGUUUAAAAAAAGAUUUAAAAUAUUUCUCGUUAUUUUCAAUCUGAAAUACGGAGUAUAUAUAAAACUGUUUAUUUUUCAAAAAUGGCAAAAUUAUUUUAAAUUAGUCUUCAAACUAUAAAUAAGUUGUAAUACCAUGUUUCCAUUCUUAAAAAAAAUCAUAUAUUGGCAAUUUGUGUCAUUACAAGGAUGAUGUCAUUUUGACAAUUAGUGCUCUUAUAUCAGUUAUAAUGCCAUGUUUUCAUUCUAAAAAAAUGAGAUUUUGGAAAUUAAUGUCAUGUAUUUUUUUUUACAAAAUAGCAUUGUGAUUUUAAAAUGACAUUAAAUAAUAUUUAAUGACGAUGGUAAUAAUUUAUCUGGUAGGAGAUCUGCAACUAACUGGACAGAUAUGGAAGCAAGCACACUAGAAGAAUUGGCGGUGGUGGCGAAGCAUAUGGCGGCAAUCCAAGAGGAUGGUGUGUGGCGGCGAUGGAAGACCACGCAAAUAGAGGACAACGACAGCAGAUGAAGAAGUGCUUGACAGUGGCGGCAGUUUAGUCGACGCCGGCGGUGGCAGUCGACAGCCGGCAGCCGGCAACGGUGGCGGCCGGUGGUGGUUGAACAAGAGGUGAUGGUCCAGCAGCAGAUCUGGUGCGGUGAUGUGUUGAGAACAGGCUGUAUAAUUGUAAUUUGUUUUAUACCUCCGUAUCCGCUAAUAAAUAAAAAAAUCAAUCUUUCAUCAUUAAGGGUACUUUGGUCAGUUCUAUUAAAACUUACGCGUGAAACAUAAGUAAUUGAUAGGACUCCUAUUUUGGAAUAUUUUCCUUGUUUUCUCCCUGUUUUGGAAUUCUCUCUUCAAUUUUUAGUUUACUUCGACUCCGAUUCCAAGUUCCUACAAUCCUACCUCAGAGCUGUGCAAUUUACUCGCCAAACUUCCUCUUUCAUAUACCCUUAACCCUUUAUUCUUAAAAAAGUCCCCACUUACAAGUGACAUCCAUCACCCUGUCUCUAUCCUCCCAACUGGAUCGCCCACCAAGCACCGCAUAAUCACAAUCUUUGAGAAAAUGGCAAGACCCACCAAUCCUUUCCCACACAACAUCAGGCCAUGACACCCCUGCCAUGGCAAAAAUAUUGUCAAUCUUCUUCUUCCUUUUCGCCUGGGUUUCAAGAAUCAUUUUUUCUACUGGUGACGACUUUGUUUACAGUGGGUUUACAGGUGACACCAUUAUUCUAGAUGGGGUUGCUGAGAUUGAGAGAAAUGGCGUCCUCAAGCUCACCGGAGACAAGUCUAAGCUAUUCGGUCAUGCUUUCUAUUCAAAGCCGAUAAAUUUCAAGAAUUCUAUUUCUGGGAAAGCUUUCACCUUUUCCACUGCUUUUGCUUUUGGGAUUGUUCCCGAGAUCGUAAACUAUGGCGGCCAUGGGUUAGCUUUUGUGAUCUCAAGAACCCAAGGUAUGGACGGGGUUCUCCCAAGCCAGUUCCUGGGUCUUAUGAACUCAACGAAUCUCGGGAAAUUCUCAAACCAUUUGUUUGCUGUUGAGUUUGACACGGUUCAAAAUUUAGAGUUUGGAGAUAUUAGUGAAAACCAUGUAGGUGUUGAUAUCAAUAGUUUGGUUUCUAAUGCCUCUGCAAAUGCUACGGUUAGUCUCCAGAGUGGAAUGAAAAUCCAAGCUUGGAUUGACUAUGAUUCAUCCAAGAAUGAAUUGAAUGUAGCACUCUCACUUUCUUCUGAAAAACCCAAAUUUUCAAUCCUCUCAUUUCCUCUUGACCUCUCUCCGAUUCUUGAGGAGAAUAUGUUUGUUGGCUUCUCUGCUUCAACUGGUUUACUUGCCAGCUCUCACUACAUCUAUGGAUGGAGUUUCAAGAUUAAUGGAACAUCCCAAUCUUUAGAUCUAUCUUCACUUCCUUCUUUGCCCCCUCAUCCCAAAAAGAGUCAUUAUAUGGCUAUGAUCUUAAGCGUUUCUUUAUUAUCACUAGCUUUUAUUUCAACGGCCUCUCUGAUUGUUACAUACUUAGUUUGUCGAACCAAGGACAUGGAUGUGGUUGAGCCUUGGGAACUUGAAGUAGGUCCUCAUAGGUUUGAUUACCAAGAGCUCAAGAUAGCAACAAGAGGGUUCAGAGACAAAGACCUGCUCGGAUUUGGCGGGUUCGGGAAGGUCUAUAAAGGAAUUUUUCCUAAUUCCGGAGACCAAGUAGCGGUUAAGCUGAUAAACCAUGAUGCCAAACAAGGUCUGAGGGAAUUUCUGUCUGAAAUUGCGAGCAUUGGCCGACUUAGGCAUAGGAAUCUAGUUCAAUUGCUAGGUUGGUGUCGAAGACGGGGUGAUCUUCUACUUGUUUAUGACUUCAUGCCUAAUGGGAGCUUAGACAAGUACCUUUUCGGAGAACCAAAGGCAAUAUUAAGUUGGGAGGAGAGGUUUAAGAUCAUAAAGGGUGUAGCUUCUGGGCUUUUAUAUUUGCACGAAGAGUGGGAGCAGACAGUUAUUCAUAGAGACAUCAAAGCUGGGAAUGUGUUGUUGGACUCGGAUAUGAAUGGGCGGCUCGGGGAUUUCGGGCUGGCAAAGUUAAUAGAGCGUGGCGAGAAUCCCGGGACCACUCGGGUUGUGGGCACAUUGGGUUAUUUAGCUCCCGAGCUAACAAAAACUGGAAAACCUAGUACAUGCUCGGACGUUUUCGCGUUUGGCGCGUUACUUCUUGAAAUCGUGUGUGGGAGGAGGCCUAUAGAGCGGAAAGCGCUACCUGAGGAGAUGAUUUUGGUGGAUUGGGUUUGGGAGAAGUGGAAGGAAGGCAAGAUUCUUGAAGUGGUUGAUCCAAGAAUGAGAGGUGGUGGGGAUUACAAUGUGGAUGAAGUUGUGCUUGUGAUUAAACUAGGGCUAAUGUGUUCCCAUAAUUCUCCAACCGAGAGGCCUACUAUGAGGCGGGUGGCAAAAUACUUGGAAGGCGACGCAAUGCCACCAGAGACUUUGGUGUCAUGGGAUGAAUACCGCCGUAGCAACAAGGGCGGUAUUGAGUUUGACAAUUUUCUUUCGCCAUAUCCAUCGUCCUCAUAUUAUGAGAAUAUAAGCACUUGCUCAUCUAUAUAUAAUAGAGAGUGAGCUAUUGAUCUUGAAGCUCAUUUAGGUGGACAUGGGGAGCAGAUAAUGCAUAGAUGGAAUAUCUCUCUUUUUGCUCUUUUUUGGUUUGUAGUAUAUAGUGUGCAUUUUGAAGGGCGGUUCUGGCACAAAUUAAGUUUCUCCCCUCAUGUCUGGUAAAUUGGUAAUUUUUUAAAUUCAUCUCACAAGAAAGUGAGGAGAAUGUCAACAUGUAUCUGUGUUAGUAUGUAGCGCAUUUAGAUUUCGAAGAAUAUUGAAUUAAACAACAUUUAGUAUGUUAACAAGGUUUGUUAGUAUGCAAAUACCUCCCUCUUAAUUUUCUUUUUCAAAAUUAGUUUAUUUCUUGAAUUUAAUUUGUUUAAAACAAAAAAUAAAAUUGUUUAGAAUCGUUUUGGUCUUAAUUAUUGUUAACGUAAAAGUGAUCAAAGUUUUGGUUUCAACAAAAUAUAGUAGAAGGCUCAUUGAUGAUUGAUCUAGGAUUCUGGAUGUUCAAUUUAUAAGUUUAGGAUGAUAGUCUCUUUUGUAGAGCUUGACACAAAAGAUGCUAGAUUUUGUAAAAUAUCAAGCAUGUGUUUUUCUUUUUUCUUUUAAUUCAUUGGCUAAACAUCCAAAGAUGGGGCAAAAGUUGGGGAAUACCUUGCUGACCUUACCCAUUUAUUGAUGAAGUAAGAUACAUAAUAGGAGAGCAUGAGA